AUGAGCGGCAGAGAGCCGGAGCUUCACACAGUGCUCCACUGGAAGAGAAGGAGAAGGAGAAGCAGCAGCUUGUCUAUCCCGGCCGGCCCCCUCGUAGGAGCAGCUAGCCAGGGAGCCUGCCCAGGACAGGUUGCGAUCGAGGAGCUGGCGGCUAAGCUGGAGGAGUCGCAGCGCGGCGCCAUCGCCAUCGCCGGCGAGACAGAGGAGCAGCGCAACAAGUUCCUCGUCCUCCGCCUCUACGAGGCCCUCAACACCCGCGACCACGCCGCCGUCCAGUCCCUCCUCGCGCCGGACCUCGAGUGGUGGUUCCAUGGCCCGCCCAAGCACCAGCACAUGAUGCGCAUCCUCACCGGUGGUGCUGUCAACAACAACAACACCUCCUCCUCGUCCUCGUCCUUCCGCUUCGUUCCCCGCUCCGUCGAGGCCUUCGGCUCCACCGUCAUCGCGGAGGGGCCCCCACCCCCGGCUGAGGGGAAGGUGUACUGGGUGCACGCGUGGACGGUGGGCCCGGAUGGGGUGAUCACCCAGCUGCGCGAGUACUUCAACACCGACCUCACCGUCACACGCCUCGCCGCCGCCAAGUGCGUCUGGCAGAGCCACCGCCCAGACAGCGCCACCAACUCCCUCCCGGGCCUCGUCCUCGCCAUCUAACAUACCUUGCCGCCGUCACUCCACUCCAAUUAUCUAUAUUACGUACUCCAUAUUGCUUGGAUGGCCUCAGCCUCAGCCUGAGCUUAUCUUUUUGCCGUCGUCGUCUAUUAAUCGAUCGCCCGGUUUGUGAUAAUUAUGUACGUACGUAGUCUACUUGUAUUUGCGUGUUAAUUUGUCGUCGUCUCUAACUACCACCACUGCUACUCGUACCUCUGUACUACUCCUACUACUAUGUUACUAUUUCGAUUAUACAAUUAUAAUACAAGUGUAUUUUAUGGUCU